ACCAAAGAUAAAAAUGUCCAUAUACAAUGCCUUGAAGAAGGGUUAUUUGAGGCCAGGAACCAGCUUGGUUUUGCUAGAAGCACAGGCAGCUACAGGGUUCAUUGUUGAUCCCAUCAACAACUUGAAACUGUCAGUGGAUGAAGCGGUAGAACAGAAAGUAGUGGGAUGGGAUUACAAAGACAAACUCCUUUCAGCGGAGCGAGCUGUCACUGGGUACACUGAUCCGUACUCUAAAGAAACACUCUCACUCUUCCAGGCUAUGAAGAAGGGCCUCAUCUUGAAAGACCACGGCAUCCGCCUCCUGGAAGCUCAAAUCGCCACAGGGGGCAUCAUCGAUCCGCAAGCCAGCCAUCGUCUUCCAGUGGAAGUGGCCUACAGCAGAGGACUGUUUGAUGAGGAAAUGAACCAAAUAUUGGCCGACCCCAGUGAUGACACCAAGGGCUUUUUUGAUCCAAACACUGAAGAGAACCUCACAUAUUUAGAUCUCAAGCAGCGCUGCAUCAUUGACCCUGACACAGGUCUAUGCUUGCUAUCUCUGAAGGAAAAACGAACCAAGUUUGGGAACAUCAGUUCAGGUGAUGUUCCAAAAAUAGUUGAAUCAAAGACUGUUCAGAGUGCUCAUAUUGGAACAUCGUCCCAAACUACAACAAUUACAACGAUCACUACGACCACACUUACAGAAGUAGAAAUUUGGAACAAACUUCAAAAUUCAUAUAUUGAAAUAUCCUUUGGGAAGUUCUCUGGAAAGAAGCUGUCACUAAAAGAGUUAUUUGAAACAGAUCUCAUUGAUGAAACCACGAAAAAGCAACUACUAGACGACUUUAGAUCUGGCAAAAUUUCAUUUGAGAAACUAAUGAUCAUAAUUACUGAAAUAAUUGAGCGACAGAAGCAAAGUGAAAAGAGUAGAAGCAUUUCUACAACAAUUACAACGACCACUACGACCACACUUACAGAAGUAGAAAUUUGGAACAAACUUCAAAAUUCAUAUGUUGAAAUAUCCUUCGGGAAGUUCUCUGGAAAGAAGAUGUCACUAAAAGAGUUAUUUGAAACAGAUCUCAUUGAUGAAGCCACGAAAAAGCAACUACUAGACGACUUUAGAUCUGGAAAAAUUUCAUUUGAGAAACUAAUGAUCAUAAUUACUGAAAUAAUUGAACGACAGAAGCAAAGUGAAAAGAGUAGAAGCAUUUCAUUUAAGGGGCUGCGAAAGCCAGUGUCUGUAGAAGAACUGGUCAAAUCAAAACUCUUGGACAGUCAAACGGUACAGCAGUUGAUGCAAGGUCUAAAAUCACAGGAAGAAGUUAGGCGUUCGAUACAAAACUACCUUGGGGGAUCGACUGCUAUUGCCGGAGUUUACAUUGAAGCAGCAAAGGAAAAAAUGUCCAUAUACAAUGCCUUGAAGAAAGGAUUUUUGAGGCCAGGAACCAGUUUGGUUUUGCUGGAAGCGCAGGCAGCUACAGGAUUCAUUGUUGAUCCCAUCAACAACCUGAAGCUGUCAGUGGAUGAGGCCGUGGAACAGAAUGUAGUAGGAUGGGAUUACAAAGACAAACUCCUUUCAGCAGAGCGAGCUGUCACUGGGUACACAGAUCCAUACUCUAAAGAAACAAUCUCACUCUUCCAAGCUAUGAAGAAGGGCCUCAUCUUGAAAGACCACGGCAUUCGCCUACUGGAAGCUCAAAUCGCCACAGGCGGCAUCAUCGACCCAGAGGCCAGCCAUCGUCUUCCAGUGGAAGUGGCCUACAGCCGAGGACUGUUUGAUGAGGAGAUGAACCAAAUAUUGUCCGACCCCAGUGAUGACACUAAAGGUUUCUUUGAUCCAAACACUCAAGAGAACCUCACGUAUUUAGACCUCAAGAAUCGCUGCAUCACCGACCCUGACACAGGUCUAUGCUUGCUUCCUAUUAAAGAGUUUAAUGGAGUUAACCCCAAAGAUUCGAAAACAUCGAAAGAAAUGAUCAUCCAGAAGACAGAAACUGUGGAAAAAUAUGCUGGUGGCUCUUCCUCGGAGAACGAUCCAUUUUUGGUGGAGUCUUCCGUAAGUUCUAAUGAGGAAAGAUUCAUCAUCAUAGAAUCUCAGGUCCUAGAUAUACUUUACAAUGAAAAAAUAAACAUGACUUUUGGAAGAUUUGCCGGUAAAAAUGUUUCUCUGAAAGACAUAUUUGACAGUGAUUUUAUAGACGCAGAAACGAGAGAGAAACUCAUUGAUGAUUACAAAUCUGGUAAAAUAUCACUUGCGGAUGUGGUUGCUAUUGUGACUAAGAUUAUUGAAGCCAAGGAACGGACCGAGGCAAAGAAGAACCUUUGGUGCCGAGGUUUCCGCCGUCAAGUUAGCGUCGCACAACUUGUCGAGUCACAGGUAUUAGACGAUGAAGUUGCAAAUCAGUUGGCCGAUGGACGAACGUCUAUCCAAGAAGUUACCCGGCUGGUAAAGAGGUACCUUGAAGGCACUAGCAGCAUUGCAGGACUUUACCUGGAGAAACCAAAGAGAAGGUGUCAGGUCAGUAACGCCAUCCAGAGAAGAAUGCUCAAGCCGGAGAGCGGCAUGGCCUUACUGGAAGCACAGGCGGCGACUGGGUUCAUUAUCAACCCUGUAAGCAAUGAAAAGCUCACGGUCCAUGAGGCUGUCGAAAAAGGUGUUGUCCAAAAGGAAUCGCGUGAUCAGCUUCUCGCAGCGGAGUGUGCCGUUACCGGUUACAAGGACCCCCACUCGGGGGGCGUCCUGUCACUGUUCCAAGCCAUGAAGAAAGGCGUUGUGCCAAAAGACCACGGAAUUCAUCUGCUUGAGGCUCAGAUCGCCACAGGUGGCAUCAUCGAUCCGCAGGCAAGCCAUCGCCUGCCAACGAAUGUUGCCUACAGCCGAGGGCUGUUUGACGAGGAGAUGAACAAAACUUUGGUUGAAGGAAAAGAAUUCACCAAGGGCUUCUUUGAUCCAAACACUGGAGAGAAGGUCACUUACCUGGACUUAAUGAAACGCUGCAUCACCGACCCCGACACGGGGUUUUACCUCUUUGUGCUGAGACAGAGCAAGCAAACGUCCACGGUCGUACAGAAACGCAAAAUCAUUAUUGAUCCUGACGUCGGCAAGGAGAUGAGUGUCUACGAGGCGUAUGAGAAAGGCCUCUUGGGCAAAGAGCAGUACCUCAAGCUUUCAGCAGACGAAUGUGCAUGGGAGGAGAGGAAGGUGACGCUUCCAGACGGCACCACCUACUCUACGUUGGUCGACAAGAAAUCGGGGAAAUGCUAUGACGUUUCGAAAGCACUGGCCGAGGAUAAAAUCAAGGGCGAGUUGGUGCAGAAGUACAACUCUGGCGCGAUUUCCAUCUUCGAGUUCGCGGACAAACUCUCCGCUGCGUUAAAUGCUCAGUAGGAUUUGGUCAAAGUGGCCCAUGGGGGACUGAGAAAACAAAACCAAUACAAAGAUGCAAACAACAAAGGAGCGAUCGCAUUCAGCGGGUAUGACACACAGUCAGUGCAUAGGAGGACACUUUCCCCACUUUCUGUCAAAUUUAGCAUUUGCACUCUACGAAGACAAAUUAUUUGGUCCACUCAUGGUACACAUUCUGUAUGUAUAAACAUUAAGUAGAAGAAUAAAAGGAUUUAGAACUUGAGGCUGGUAUUGCCCUGUGGGUAAAACUAUUCAACCUAAGGGCUAUUUUUUUUGGUGGAGAGACCAGGGGUCCAUAUUUGAAAUUUGGGGUUUUUGGAUUUACUGUAUCUGGUUAUAAGCAUAUAAUGGUUGGUUUUUUAUUAGCCAUUCUAGAACAUUAGAAUAUACCGUAUCACUUGCUCGUUCAAAUGGUUUAUCCGCAUUAGAUGAUAAGUAUGCUUACUUAGAUUUUAGAAUGUUUUCAAUCAGCUGUCAAUUUACAAUUGAGGCUGCAAUGUUUUUACGUCACAUUCGUGUUUUAUCGUGUGGCUUCAGAUGUUUUUUAAAUGUUCCGUUUAUAAACAGUAGAUCAGAAAGCCACGGAAGGUGUAUUGAUACUAGCACCUGGUGUCAGGAUUCAGGGUUUAGAUGUAAUGCUCUAUUUUAUCUUUCCAUGUGGGGCUAUGUUUCGUAUAUUUUUCAAAACGUGGAUUUUAAUAAAGAAUAACAAAAAAAUUAA